AAUUAUUUUUCUGUCAUGAAAUGAAAUGCCAAAAUAAUUUUGGCACAUGUGAUUUUGUCUCGAAACGUGUAUGAAAAUUUGAAAAAUGGCAAGUCCUGUUAUUGAAGAAUUGCAAAGAGCAGCCUUAGUAAUUAUGGCUCCAGCAGAGGCUGUUUCUCCUGAACAACGAAAACAAGCCGAACAAUUGUAUAUUACUUUCCAAAAGACAAAAAAACCAUACAAUUUGUGCCGUGAAAUACUAGAAUCGUCGACUGUCGAUCUUCUUAUGUUUCAAGCUGCUGGUUUAUUAAAAAGUGCGUUAAUUCGUGAAUGGAGUGAACUUGAAGAAAAUGAUAUUUUUUCCUUACGACAGUAUUUGUUACAUUAUAUAAUGACUAAAGAUGUACCCAGUUUUGUGCGUGAAAAGUUACUCCAAGUGAUUGCUAUUAUGGUUAAACGGCAAGGUUGUGAAGAUUUUGGAACCGAUCGUAAUGCCGUUCUAACAGAAAUCGAAAAUUUAAUUUCAACUGGUACUUUACCAAGGAGAAUUAUCGCAUGUAAUCUGUUAGCAGCUAUAAUGCAAGAAUAUGCAACAUCUUUAAAAUCAUCAGAUGUGGGUCUUCCAUGGGAGAAACAUUUCCGUGCAAAAAAAUGUUUUGAAGCCACCGAUUUACCACGUAUAUUUCGUUUUUGUGUACGGGCUCUCACCGAAUUAUUUCAAGCGGAUCCACCAUAUUCAGCGGAUGUUUAUACAUUAGCUAAACAUUUUUUAUCAUUAACCGAAACUGUAUUAACAUGGGGAUAUAUUUCACCACUCUUACCAAAACGUUUAAUUGGUAUGUUUGAAGAUAUGCAUGAAGCUGAUCAAGCCCCAGCUCUACGUGUUGGCCCCGCUUGGAAAGAUAUUAUUUUGGAGCCAUCAUUAUUAGAGUUAUUUUUCACAACGUAUUGGAAAAUACGUGAUCAAGAAGCAUUAAGUCAUCAUGCUAUGAAUUGUUUGGUACAAUUUGCAACAUUAAGUGGGGGUAUUAUUGAAACAGACAAUGUGAAAAGUACAUAUAUUACAUGCUAUAUAGAAGGUUUCUUGAAAUUAAUCGACAGUAUUGAAUUACAAGAUCGUGAAUCAUUGGGUUUGUCGAAUAUUGUACGAAAAUUGGUUAUAUUUUUCCCACCAAGAAUAUUAAUACAAUUACCAGAGAAUAUGAUACGAGCGUUUUUAGAGUAUGUUGCGAAAUUAACAUGCCGAUUUGCUGAAGGUGCAGCUCACGAAGAAUCCCUAUGCGCAGACGAUAGAAUGUUUAUGGAAGCAUUCGAUAACAUAUUAGAAGCUUGGUCAACAAUUCUACUAGAAUCUCAAUUUCCAAAGGAAUUAACCGAACAAUUAUCAAUACAAAUAUUUAAUACGUAUUUACGAAGUCAUUUAUCCGCACCAGAUGGUACUCGUGGUACACGUGAAAUCGAUAGCGAAGAAAUUGACGAAACUGAGGAAACAGAUCGUUUAAAAUUUCAAGAUCAAUUAAAAACUAUCGGAUUAUUUGGACGACAAGUACCGUCAUAUACCGUACCGUUGUUGUCUCGAUUAUUAGAGCAACGCAUACAACGUUUACAGGAUCAUCUUCAACGUGUACAUACCCAAGCAUUAAAUAUUAGCGAUAGUGCAACUUUAGAUUGUGUAUUUGAAGAUUUACACUGGCUUAUAUUAAUUGCUGGGCAUGUUGUUUGUAUUGAUAGUGACGGGGAAACUGCAUUAAUUCCCACGGAAAUUAUGCAAUUCUGUAUAGAACAAUCGAAAAAAGGGAAAGUUAAUUCAGAGAUAUCGUUAAAAUUACUAGCGUCGCCAAAUCAAAAUGUUCAAGAUAUACCUGGCGCCGAUGAAAUGGCUGAUCCAUUAAUACGUUUAGUUGCAGCAAUAUUUCGUUUAUGUGAAGUGGAAAAGUCAGCGGCUGAAGCACGAAUGCAACAUUCUUUGAGUCCUGAAGUUGGUUGUACUGUUGUGUGGUUUUUAUCACGAUUUGCACUUUCGUACUUAAUUCCUAAUGAAGUCAAUUAUUAUGAGAUUUGCCCGUUGCUACUAACAGCUUUUGGAAAAGAUUCAGAAGGUGCAGUAUGGACAACAAACUUUUUACUCAUGAAAAUUAACUCAAAUAUUGUUAAUUUUCUAUCAGAAAUACCCUUAUUAACAGACUCCGUACAUUUAUUAGUAUCGCUAGUAAAAAAAGGCGGCGAUAAAGGAAAUUUAGUUGCAAAAUCCGAAGGCUUAUGGAAUUUAGUAAAUCUUCAAUCAAAUCUUGAUCCAGGUGCGCUACCACAAAUUGCAAAACGUGGCUUAUAUCGAGCAUUUACUUUAUGUGCAUCAGCAUUAGAAGAACAACAGGCUUUUGAAUUCCUUCAACAAAUUAUAAAUCCAGUAACAAUACGAUUUAAACAAAUCGUCUCUCAAGAUAAUUUUAAUCGGGUAUAUCAAUUAGAAAACAUUAAAACAGCUUUAAUUGAUAUUUUAGAGUCAUUAAUCGGUGUUAGUCAAGGGUCUCAUGUACGUACUGUUAAAAUCAUUUUUACAAUGUUAACACCAAUUUUAUCCGAACUAGCAGCUUUAUUAACAGUUUAUCAUAAUUACCAAAUAAUUGUACAAUUAAUCCUUGAAGUAUUUUGUAAAGGGGCUCGACGUAUGUUAUGUUACUUAAGUGGUAGUGAAUCACGUAAAAUGUACGAGUAUUGUUACACAACAAUCCAAGCAUAUGCCCAAAAUAACGUGGAUCGUUCAACAGUUGAAAGUACCGCUGAAGAUGGUAGCUAUCAAGAUAUUUUACUUGUUUUAGAAUUAUUAACGAAUAUCUCAACAAAAGAUUGUAUUGAUUUGGGUGAUCAAACUUGUGAUGAUGAGAAUGCCAUUACAGCAGCGGAUGUUUGUAUCUAUGGUUUAAAUUUUAUAAUGCCAUUAAUGACGCUAGAAUUAUUAAAAUAUCCACAAUUAUGUACUCAAUAUUUUCGUAUGAUUACAUUCAUAUGUGAAUUUUAUCCGGAUAAAGUAUGUCAAUUACAAAGUGAUUUAUUACAAAAGUUUUUAGGUUCUAUUGAAUUAGGUUUAACAAAUUAUGGCUCAGAUGUUGUAACAUGGUCGUUAGAGGCAAUACAAUUAUUGGCUACAAAUAUUUAUAAACGUUCAUUGCAAGGUUCACAAAUGUAUGUUGCAUUGCUACCAUUUUUAAAAUUAAUUAUUGAUUUAACGCUAUCACAUCAAUUACCGAAUGAUGUAACAACGCAUGCAUCUUUAUCAAUAUACGCAUUGAUAUGUAUUUAUCCUGAACAGUACAAUAGUUUAAUACAAUCAUUAAUUGAAAGUCAAGAGGAUCCAACAAUUGCUGAACGUUUAGCAAAUGCCUUUAAUAGUUUAAUGUAUGAUGUGAAAUUGAAUUGUGAACGACUUGGUCGUAUGAAAUUUCGCGAUAAUUUUGAUAAGUUUAUUGUAAAUGUUCAUGGAUUUUUAUUGAUUAAAUAAUUAUGACGAGUUUAAUUUUAGUAAUUGUUUUUUUCUUUUUUUUGUAUUGAAAUUUUAUUGAUUAUAAUUAUCGAAUUUUGUAUUUGUUUUUAUCACAGAUGUCUGUAUAUUAAACAUACAUUAUAAAUACAUAACUUAUUUACUCAUUUUUUGGUUACUCAACUAUGGAGAAAGGCACCUUCAGAAGAGAACGAAAAUAGUAAAAAUUUUACAGGGAGUUGCAGAUCUGUUUUAAAUUAAAAACUAUAAUCUGUGAGCACCAUUUGAGUGCACUUUUGCCAACGUAACACAAGUUUAUUAAUUCCGUAGGCAUAAAAAUUGAUAGCUCGGGUGCAAUGCUGUUUGACAAAGAGUGAAAAUAUUUUAUGUCUUUACUUGUAUAGUCUUUUGACAACUGCUCGAAACAAAAGCGAAUCGAUGAAAAAGUUCUAUUAAUGAUUCAGACUUAAUAUACGACAUCUGUGAGUUUUAUUAUAAACAUGUAAAUAUCGUUGUUUGCCACACUUUUAAAAAUAUUAAAAUUAGAAUAAAAGAUUUUAUAGUCCAAUAGACAAGAAUUUAUACUCAGGGACCCACGUAAAUCUAAAUUCAAAUUUUUAUAUUCUACGAGAAAUUGCUUCAAAGCAGUUUCAGACUUAAAACAAAAUUAGUAAGUAACAAUCCUCUCAGGACAGGAUAUGAUAUUUUUGAAAUCUUAACUUAAGCACCUCGAGAAGUCACUAUCCAGAAGGUCGUUGUUCGGACUUUUUAGCUAUUAACUUCUAAAAUAUUUAUUUUAUAAAAUUUAAAUUACUUGAUUUACACUCACCAGGAGCUCUUUCUUUAAUUUCAGAAAAAAUUUAUAUUCUAAAAAAUGUAAAAUGUACAAGAGAAUUAUCUAUUUAUUGAAUUAUUACUAACUGUCCAUUUAUUGAUGAU